UACUUAAUGAGAAAUAAUUGUUUAAAUUGCACUUGAUAAAGAUUCACAGCAAUUUAGUGGAAAUAUAUGCAAUGCUAUUCUUUAUCAGUGACAAAAGCUGUUACACACACACCCCAGGAAGUCAUUCCCAAUCACCUACUGGAGAAGAAACAAAAGUGAAACCAUAGUGUUGCCCCAGAGCUUUGUGAAGUGUUUGUCAGCGACUAAGAAUGGCAGAAGCGAGCCCAAGUAACCAAGACCUUUUUAUGUGUCCAAUUUGUUUGGAUUUACUAAAGGAUCCUGUGACUAUCCUAUGUGGACACAGUUAUUGUAUGGGCUGCAUUCAAAACUGCUGGGAUCAGGAAGAUCAGAAAGGAGUUUACAGCUGCCCCCAGUGCAGACAGACUUUCACUCCGAGACCUGUUCUAUACAAAAAUAAUAUUUUUGCUGAACUUGUGGAGCAGUUAAGGAAGACCAGAAUCCAAGCUGCUACUCCUGCUCACUAUUUCGCUGGACCGGGAGAUGUGGAGUGUGAUGUCUGCACUGGGAGAAAACUCAAAGCGGUGAAGUCCUGUCUGGAUUGUUUGUUGUCUUACUGUAAAACUCACUUCAAAGCUCACAAUGACCUUAACCCAGGUAGAAAACACUCAGUGAUUGAUGCCACAGGCCAGCUACAGGAGAGGAUCUGCUCCCAUCAUAAGAAAGUUUUUGAAAUAUUCUGCCGCACUGAUCAAACUUGUAUCUGCUAUCUGUGUAUGAUGGACAGCCAUAAAGGCCAUGACACGGUCUUAGCUGCAGCAGAAAGGACGGACAAACAGAAGCAGUUGGGGCAGACUCAGAGAAGCUUCAAAAAGAUUAUCCAGGAAAGAGAGAAGAAGCUGCAGGAGCUGAGAAAGGCUGUGGAGACUCUCAAGAGCUCUGCACAGACAGCAGUGGAGGACAGUGAGAGGAUCUUCACUGAGAUGAUCCGCUCCAUUGAAAGAAGGCGCUCUGAGGUGAAAGAGCUGAUCAGAGCUCAGGAGAAGGCUGAGGUGAGUCGGACUGAAGGACUUCAGAAACAACUGGAGCAGGAGAUUGCUGAGCUGAAGAGGAGAGAUGCUGACCUGGAGCAGCUUUCACACACAGAGGACCACAUCCAUUUCCUCAAGAAUUUUCAGCCAGUCAGCCCUCUACCUCAUUGUAAAGACUUAUCCAGCAUCUAUGCCAGCCAAAUUCUACCUUUUGAGGCCGUGAAGAAAUCUGUCUCCACACUGAAGGGGCAGCUGGAGGAUUUCUUCAAGCAGGAAGUUAUGAAGAUCUCUGCAGCAGUGUCUGAUGUCCAGGCUGUUUUUACUGAGCCAGUAACCAGACAGGAGUUCUUGAAGUACUCCUGUCAAUUCACGUUGGAUCCAAACACUGUAUUCAGAUACCUCCAUCUGUCUGAGGGGAAGAGGAAGGUGGAAUGGGGAGUUGAGCUGCAGGAUCCUGAUCAUCCAGAGAGAUUUGAUGGGUAUAACCAGGUGUUGUGUAGAGAGGGUGCGUCUGGACGCUGCUACUGGGAGGUUGAGUGGAGUGGGGAGUGGGUUUAUAUAGCAGUGUCAUAUAAAAGUAUCAGCAGGAAAGGACGGGGCGAUGAGUGUCUUUUUGGACAUAAUGAUCAGUCCUGGAGUCUGCACUUCACCGGCUCCAGCUCCUCUUUCAGGCACAAUAAGAAAGAGACUAUUCUCCCUCUAGUGGCCAGCAACAGAAUAGGAGUGUAUGUGGACCACAGGGCAGGAACUCUGGCCUUCUACAGCAUCUCUGACACAAUGACCCUCCUGCACAGGGUCCAGACCACAUUCACUCACACACUCUACCCUGGGUUUAAGGUUGGCAUUCGUUCAUCAGUGAAGCUGUUGUGACUCAGAUAUAGAUGUUGUUAACAUGCAUCUCACACAUCACCCACGCUGGGCCUGAGAAUCUUUGAUCUGUUGGGUACAGCAACAGACAGAGGUCAGGUCAUUCACACGUCUCUGGAUACCAGCAGCUAUUACAUCAUCUGCACCUCUGGACCUCUGCUGGAACACUUCCGGUAUCACCACACCACACCUGAGCCACUGUGUGAGAAAGUCAUUGUUGAGUCUGGCGUUUCAUAUUCUCUGUCACCUCACCAGAGGUGAUUCUAGAGUCGGUGGGGGCCCUAAGCAAAAAUUACCACCAGGGUUACGACCAGGGUUCAUCACCACUAUGCUAG